GGCUUUGGCCUGCAGCCAGGCAGGGCAGCAGAGACGUGUCACACCGGGUACACCAGGGAGGCACACUUCAUAGACUCUGCGCUGAGCCUCACACACUUCUGCUGAGGGUCUUGUGAUUCCUGAGUGAUGUGUUGUAGGCGACUGAGUUGUAAAUCACUAAAAAGAAUAUAACCAGGCCUUCACCUGAGGACUUUAAGCCACAUCUUUAAGAUAGAAAUUGGACUUUGACUCAGGAGUUCUGAUAUAAAGGAGAGGACAGGGAGGAAGGAUAUUUCAUCUCAGAGAGAGGAAGAGAGAGAGAGACAGAAAGAGGCCAUGGCCAUGUGGAGGACAGCCGGAGCUCUGCUGCUCAUACUACAUACAGUGUUUGGCCAGAGCAACAUCAGAUGGUGCACUAUCUCAGACCAGGAGCAGAGGAAAUGUCAGGCCAUGUCUGAGGCUUUUGCCACAGUGUCUAUCCGUCCAACCCUCAGCUGUGUCUAUGGAACGACUGUCGAGGGCUGCGUCCAGAAACUACAGAAGAAAGAAGCAGAUGCCUUGUCUAUGUCCGGCGCUGACAUCUACAAGCUGGGGAAGACUGCUACCCUCAAGAUGGCCGCCAGUGAAUCCAAGGAAGAUCGUACCGGUGCCUCCUACUAUGCAGUUGCUGUCGUGAAGAAAGUCAAUUCUGGCAUCAACAUCAACAACCUGGCAGGAAGAAACACCUGCCACACCGGGAAAGGCCGAACAGCCGGCUGGAACAUGCCCUUAGGAUACUUCAUAGACCAGGGCUACAUGUCUGUGAUGGGCUGCAAAUUCUCUGAGGGCGUGGCAGAUUUCUUCAAUGCGAGCUGCAUCCCCGGAGCAACUGAGGCCGGCGACCCUCCGUCUCUGUGUGAGCUGUGCGUAGGAGAUGCUAACGGAAAAAACAAAUGUUCAGCGAGCAACCGAGAGAGAUACUACAGCUACGAAGGAGCUUUCAGGUGUCUGGCUGAGAAUGCAGGAGAAGUGGCCUUCAUCAAACACACCACUGUCAAGGAAUACACUGAUGGUAUUGGCCCAGACUGGGCGAAACCACUGCUGUCGGCGGACUAUGAGCUGUUGUGUCGUGACGGCACCAGAGCUCCUGUCUCUCAGUGGAAAACCUGUCAUCUGGUUCGCGUCCCAUUCCGUGGAAUCGUGGUCGGCGAUCACAUCACUCCAUCUGUGGUGUACACCAUGCUGACAGAGGGGCUGGAAAAGUCAACCUUCAACAUGUUUUCGUCUGGGAAUUAUGGAGGAGGAACCGUGCUCUUCUCUGAUUCAUCCGUCAUGUUCCAGGGGGUGGAGUCAGACAUCCCCCAGAGUUGGAUGGGUCGUCAUUAUUACAAUGCUAUGAAAGCCAUGGACUGUAAGGCUGAAGACGUCCUGCGUUGGUGUGUGUUGACCAGCGGCGAGCAGACGAAGUGUGGUGACAUGGGCGCAGCUUUCCAAACUAAAGGUCUGACCCCGUCCAUCAGGUGUGUCUACGGCGACUCCGUGACUGACUGCAUGGACAAAAUCAAGAACAACGAAGCUGAUGCCGUCACCCUGGACGGAGGUUACAUCUACACGGCAGGCAAAGAGUACGGCCUGGUUCCUGCCACCGGCGAGAGCUACACAGACGACAGUGAUGGCUCCAUGUACUACGCAGUCGCGGUGGUGAAGAAGAGUAGCCAAGACAUCCGUAACCUUGAUGACCUGCGUUACCGCCGCUCCUGUCACACUGGAUACGGUCGCACGGCUGGCUGGAACAUUCCCGUAUCAGCACUGAUCGAGAGAGGCCUAAUCACCCCGAAGAGCUGUGAAAUACCCGAAGCGGUGGGAGGGUUCUUCAAGGAGAGCUGUGUGCCAGGUGCCAACCAGCCCGGGUUCCCCGCCAACCUGUGUGGGCUGUGUGUGGGAGACAGCUCAGGACAGAACAAGUGUGUGAAGGGACAAGACCAGUACGAUGGAUACGACGGUGCUUUCAGGUGUCUGGCGGUGGGAAAUGGAGAUGUGGCUUUCGUCAAACAUACCACUGUUUUCACAAACACUGAUGGUAAUGGUGAAUCGUGGGCGGCAGAUCUCCGGUCCACAGAUUACCAGCUGCUGUGUCCUCAUGGCGCUAAAGCAGAGGUCACACAGUACAGACACUGUAACCUGGCCAGGGUCCCGUCCCAUGCUGUGAUGGUACGCUCCGACUACAACAUCCACGCUGUCUAUGGACUCCUGGACCGGGCACAGGCAUAUUUUGGCAGCGAUACAGGUACUGGUUUCAGGAUGUUUGACUCGCAGGGCUAUGGGGGCAAAGAUCUCAUCUUUAAAGAUUCCACCGUUCGCCUCGUGGGCGUCGGCGACAAGAAGACCUACCAGGAGUGGCUGGGACAGGGCUACAUGGACUCACUGGUCGACAUGGAGUGUAACUCGUCAAUUGCAGUGACGUCCUCUGUGUGGCUGCUGCUGCUGGCUGUGUUCAGCCUCAUGCUGACUAACACCUGGAUGUAGGGACAUUACAGGACACAGGCCUCUUCUCCCCUCUUCUCAUUUGUCCCUUUUUCUUCAUCUUUCUUCCAAUUUUCACACUUGAAUCCACUCCUUCUAUCCUUGAUUUUGUGUUUUUAUUUUUGUGAAUUGUAUCCUUUCUACCUGAUUGUGUGCUAUUUCCAUACGUGAGGCGACGGCACGUUGAAGCAAAUGAAGCACAAUGUCUCUUGUUAUUUGUGGCAGAGAGGAGAGUUUGGACUCUCAGCCAGUGUGAACCAGACAUGCUGACAGAAGCUGCUGCUGCCACUGUGUUUACUGAAGGUGAGCUGCCAUAUCAGUGUGUAUGCUGCCACCUGUUACAUUGCUUUAGUGGUUAGCGCGUCUCUGUCUCUCCAGAGCUAGUUUUUACAAAGAGCAGACAAUCAGAUCUUUAUCCUCACAUGACCCCCCAGAUCUUUUAACUUCUGUUUUUUUUAAAACCAAAAGGAAGACUAUAACUGACCCAAGAUCAGCUCCACCAUUUUCAAAGGGCUUCCUGUGAAUAUAGAAGUCAGAUUGGUGUUCUGCUCUGCUGCCACUGGCUCUGCGAGUACUGCUAACAAACACAGCCUUCCCUUACUUUGGGCAGUGUUUCUAUGAUAAGCUAAUGCCAUAUCAGUGAAUAUGCACUAGUGUUGCCUCCACACAGAGCUGUGCUGAGGAUGGUGUGAUGAAGAGUGACUGAGUGUUUGUCCAGAGGCUGUCUGCUUCAUGUUUGCUCCUCAAAUCCGGAACAAUCAGGAAGAUAAAUACUUUUUAAUUUUAAUCCGGUUUCGGCUAAUAUUCAACUGAGCCUGCUUGCAGCUGCACAUUGCAUUAUAUCAAACAGCAAACCUCACAUCGGCAACCACUUCUCUCACAUUUAGCAUUGUAAUGUCUGAUUUCCGGCAUAUACGGAGUGAGUAAUUCUGACAGACUGGGUCCAAAUUCUUCAGGUUUGGGGAGAACAUGAAGAAAACAUCCCGUGGUUUGUGCUGGAGAGUGAAUGGGUGUUUGGAUGGUGAAGUCAGUUUAAUAAGGAUAACAGGCUUUAAUUUGUAUGUGUAAUUCCAGCUUUUAAUGUGAAAAAGGCAGUUUUUUUUUUGUCUUAUGGUUACAAAAUUGACUCCAUUUUGAUCUGAAAGGGAGGGUGUAAAAGGCAACAAAACACAGUGAAAGAAAAUAAUUGUAUCUUCAACGCGAUGUCCUCACUACACAAACAACUCACUCCAGACGUAUCUCUUUCUCGCUCAUCUGUUCUCGUCAUAUCUACUGUACAUCCUGCUGCUUGAUGCUGUUUUCUGUUUGACACUGUUGAUUUGGAUGUAUAUUUUCCUAUGUUGAGAGAUUUAUUUUUAUAUGAAGUUCAGGUGCCAUAUCAGUGUAUAUGUACUGACUCAUGCCGUCAGAAACGAAUGCCUUCUCUUCCUCCUGAUAGAGAUUUAUUUCUGUGUGAAAUGGAGUAACAUGUAACUAAUGUUUAGUUGCCAGGCCAGUGCGCCUGCACAGGUAUUGCUACAUAAAACUGCCGACUCAAGCUGUUUUCUGUGCUUUGCUCUAGUGAAAUAAAGUUAUGUACUGCAAGA